AUGCGUCUUGCUGUUUUAAAAAUCCAACAAGGGGGUUUAGUUGUUGGUGUUGGUCUUCAUCCGAUUAGACCUGUUCCAGACGCAAUUUUUAUUCAAGAAGAUAUCGCUACUUCUGAAUGCAGAGAUACUAUACGAAAAUAUAUGACUGAAAAUGGUUUUACAGGUUUUGAUCUUGUAAUGCACGGUGGUGGAUUAUCUUCUGAUACUCGUGCCACUCCUUGGGAUCAGGCGUCUCAGCUUACUGAAUCUAUUAAACUCGCUACUGAAUUCUUAUCACCCAAAGGAGCUUUUGUCACUAAGAUGUUCAAUGGCGCACAAGAUUACAAUCCCAUGCUUUACUGUCUUGAGCAGUUAUUUGACAGAGUUGUCGUAAGGAAACCAACUUUCACAUUUCCAGAAACCUACAUCGUGUCUAAAAGUUAUAAAGCCCCAGAAAAGAUUAAUCCCAGUCUGCUCGUUGCUAGGAAUUUGUUCAGUAUUAAAGAAAAUAUUAAUCCUGAGGUGAGCUUCAAGAAAGAAGAGUCAAUUCCGAAGAGAGUUGUUUUGGCUUCAGAUUUUGUGUGGUAUGAGACUCCACUUGAAGUUUUUGGAAUAGCCGAUUCCUUAUCCUUCAACGACGAUGCUUGUUUAUCUUUAAGGGGCCAUAAUUUAACUACCAGAAGGGUCAAGAUGAUAUGCAAGGAUCUUCGGGUUAUGGACAAGCAACAUUUUAAGCAUUUGAUGAAGCAUAAUACUGAACUUUAUUUUGCCUCCAAAUAUAGAUGUUAA